CUGAAUUUAUUUUUUAAUUACAGUUGGUCUAUUAAUUAGAAAGGAAGCAAACAAAAAGUUAAUAUAUGUUGUGAGCAGUUUAUAUUUCUUUCAGUUUAUAAUUAGCCUCAUGACAUAAUGGAUUUCUUAUAUUUGAAUGAUGAAAUUAUGAAGUAGCAAUAUAAUUACAGCCUGCGCGUCACACAGUAUCUUAUCAUGUUAUUACUUAACAGUAAUAGGAAUGCAGGGGCUUUGCUGAAACGGCUUCAUUUUCUUCAGGCAUGUCAGGUUUUAUGUUCAUCAUAGCCUUCGGGCUGUUUGGGGCUAGUUUUGGACUUUCAGGAAGAUUUUGGCACAUCACUGACCUGCACUGGGACCCAACUUAUGAUCCGAGCAAGGAACCUAACAGUGUUUGUGCGUCCAGCGGCAGUCGACCAGCCAGUAAUGCGGGGACCUUUGGAGACUAUGUUUGUGACUCGCCAUGGAACCUGAUCAACUCUAGUAUAUCCGCUAUGAAAGCUACAUUACCAGAUCCAGACUUUAUUGUAUGGACCGGAGAUGACACACCUCAUGUGCCAAAUGAACAACUGGGUGAAGAGGCAGUUCUUGGUAUCAUCAACAACCUCACCUACAUUAUAAAGCAACAUUUCCCAAAAACCAAGGUUUACUCGGCUUUGGGCAACCAUGACUUUCACCCCAAAAGUCAACUCCCUGCUGCUUUCCACAAUAUCUAUAACAAGACGUCUGAGAUGUGGAAGGAAUGGUUACAUCUGGGGUCCCAAGAAACCUUUAGACAGGGUGGAUUCUAUACAGAGGAGCUUCUCAAUCGCACAGGCUACAGGAUGAUUGUGCUUAAUACUAAUCUCUAUUAUGAUCAGAAUAAGGUGACAGAGGGCAUGGAAGACCCCGCUGGCCAGUUUGCUUGGGCUGAUCACAUUUUAACAGAAGCUGCCAACAAGAAAGAGAAGGUAUAUAUUAUUGGGCAUGUCCCACCAGGCUUCUUUGAAAAGAAAAGAAGUAAACCAUGGUUCAUCGCCAAGUUCAAUGAGCAAUAUUUGAAACUGAUUCAGAAACAUCAUGCUGUCAUUCUUGGACAGUUCUUUGGACAUCAUCACACUGACAGUUUCAGAAUGAUAUACAACUCAGAUGGCUCUCCUGUAAGCACAAUAUUCCUCACUCCAGGCGUCACACCAUGGAAAACAUCACUACCUGGAGUGGUUGAUGGGGCCAACAACCCAGGGAUACGCCUCUUUGAAUAUGACACUGAAACAUUGCUGGUUAAAGAUAUGGUGACCUAUUAUUUAAACCUGACCUUUGCCAAUGAAGCCCAAGAACGCUGGGAGAAGGAAUACCGCCUUACGGAAAGUUUCCAAGUACCAGAUGCUUCCCCGCUUUCCAUGCAUAAGAUCCUGGAACGCAUAGCAAAUGACAACUGCUAUCUUCAGAAGUAUUAUGAGUAUAACUCUGUGAGCUAUGACCUAACCAAUUGCGACAAAAACUGUCGUAUUGACCAUGUUUGUGCAGCCAGAGAGGUGGACUUCAGCCGCUAUGAACACUGUCUGGAAAAGGAAGCAGCAGUGUACAUGUGUGGGGGACUUCUACCCUUUCUCUCAGUACUCCUCAGCCUGGUAUUGACCAUAUAUGUUUAAUUAUGUAUUUGGUCAGGGUAUAGAAGUUAUGCUUAAGGUAGAAAACGCUUAUGAUAAAAAAGAUUGCCACUGUCUUUGUUAUAAUUGC